GAGCGCUCUUCCGGCGCCGCUCCGCCUCCGCCCGGCUUCCCCGCGGGGAUGCUGCGGCUGGGCCGCGGGCUGAGGCGGCUCGGGUCGGGACGCGGGGCUGGAGACUCCGGCCGGCUCCCUUUAAGUGCGGAGAUGCCCAAGAAAGCUGGUGCGACGAACAAGGGUAAAAGCCAGACCAAGGAGCCAGAGACACCACUUCCUCCCUUAGGUCCUGUGGCAGUUGAUCCUAAAGGUUGUGUCACCGUAGCCAUCCAUGCCAAACCUGGUUCCAAACAAAACGCUGUAACAGACUUGACACCUGAAGCUGUGAGUGUGGCCAUUGCUGCGCCUCCGUCGGAAGGAGAGGCUAAUGCCGAGCUCUGUCGCUAUCUUUCCAAGGUCUUAGAACUCCGCAAGAGCGAUGUGGUUCUGGAGAAGAAAUCCCAUUUAGUUGGUGAUUGAAAAUGGAAUUGGGCUGGAAAAUUAGCAAGGAAUUCAUUUCGAAACAAGAUACCAAUUUAUUAAUUUGAGUGAAGAACACACCUGCCAAACAGACUGUAUAGUGGGAUCCUCCAGCUAGAACAUUCUGUCACUUUGGGAAGUCUCUUGACGAAGCCAGUCAGCAUCUGAAGAGCGCUUGGAGAGCCUGGGAUCAGAACCAGGGGAGGGAGGAGGGCGGAGCAGGGAGCUCUGACCAUCUGCGAUAGACCCAUUCUGUCUCCUCAGCCCCUCUCCUGGGACAACUCUGGACACUGAUGCUCCCUUUUUCCAGGCUCUGAGAAGACUACCUACUUCUGUCCACGUGGGCUGUCCUCAGACAAUCCUCAGAAUUCAACUGAUACGGUUCUCAGCAUUUUCUAAUCCUUUUCUAGGUGAGUGCCACAGGAUCCAUCUAGCCCCCUUGCUGUUAGAGUCAGCGGGGGAGAACCCCCAAAGUUGGCAGCAGUUUGUAUAGACUCUGUGGUCAUUUCUACAUGAAACUUCUCCACGAUGUGGCUUUACUGUCACAGUGGCUUUCACAUGGUUUCAGAGCCUUAUGUUUCUCUAGAGAUACCUGGGUGGGUUGGAGAGCCAUGGAGAAUAAGGGAGGGAGUCACGUCAACGUGACUCUAAGCCUUUAGCCCUCUUCCAAAGCUGUGCUGUCAGUGUGGCGGCUGCUAGGCACAUGUGGUUACUGAGCACUUGAAAUGUGGCUGAUCAGUUGUUUUUUUUUUUUAAUGAAAGCAUCACGGAAAUAAAGGCCACGUUGGAAACACAAAAAAGGUUGAAAAUACGGCAUAGAAUUUGGGGGGCAGGAUAGAAGGAGGUGAGCAAACAAAGGAAAAUGUCAGAUCUAGAAGUCAGGAAGGGGCAGUCAACAGACAUAACUGGGGUCCUGAAAAAGAACCCCCCCCAAAAUGGAGCAGAACAAAGAUUUCAAGAUAAAAUGAAGAAAAUAUUGAAAAAAUAAAAUAUGAAUUUAAGGAAUAAAAGGUGCAGUGUCCCAGGGGAAAUACGGACAAAUGGUUGACAAGGAGAUACAACCUAGUAAAGUUGUCUGACUUCAAAAACAAAAAAGCCUACGGCCAUCUAGACAAAAAGUUGAAGGCCUAGGGAGGGAGGGGGGAGACACACACAUGUACACUCUCAUUGCUCACGGGAAUGUGAAUUGCUACAGUGUUUUAGAAAAUGUGGCACUUAUUAAAAAUACAGGUGUUUUAAUCUGAUUAUCCUACUUUUUGAGAAUGCCUCAUAGAACACAUAAAAAUGCCAGAGUAUAUGGGCAAAAAAAGGGUAACAAUCUAAGCGUCUGCCUGUAGGAGACUCAUCAUAUAAUCAACAGCAAAUCCAUACUAUAGAGUAUUAUGCUAUUAAAAUUAGCUUUUAAUCUAUAGUUACUGACCUGGAGUGAUGUCUAUAUUGCAUGAACAAAGAAUAGUGUACAUGUCUGUGUGUGUGUGUGUGUAUGUGUGUGUGCGUGCACACACACACACAUAUAUAAUCUGUGAUAAAGGAAAAAUACAUAUCUAAUUUAUAUAUAUUUGGGUGGGCAUGAUAAAAGAGAAGUGUACACAACAGGCCAUGACCGCUGGGUGAGCGCAGAUCCUUCCUAGGUGUAGUGUUUCACUUUUUUGUAACGUUUAUUAUUUUGUAUAUACACCGAACAUAUAUAAUGAAAGAAAUUUUAAAAUGAGAAAAACAGACUCAAAUGAAAAAGCUCCGGCCUUUAGCAAUGAGAGCAGCUUCAUUUAUGUAAUUCAGAGCAAGGCGGGAGGGCCUUAGGGAGCUCAAGGCACGGGUGGUGGAAAAAACCAUGAGAUCAUCAUCACAUCAGCCCUGAAGCUGUCUCCAGAGAAGCUGCUGAAAACUCGGAGAAAAUCUAGCUGGUAAUCGAUACAUAGGGCUCUGUGGGCCCUUAGGGACGGGAAUGAAAACACCAACCGAAUUAGCCUGCCAGCCCAUGGAGACGUUGGCGAAGGACCUGCGAGCUACACCUCUUGCACCCACGUCGGCCCAGAGGUGCCCCACACCCCACUACUACUUCUGGAGGCACACGGCCGACACGGACUCACAACCUGUGACGUGCCCAGCCCCGUGAUGCAUAGCGUGGGAGUGCUUUCACUUAGUCCUGCGAGGGGGCAGUCCGAUGACAUGUUAGCCGUUUUGAUGGAAGACGUCCUCAUCACUAACCUGCUUCUCCCAUACUGUCCGGUAAAUCUAAAGAUCUGGGGUGGUAUUACCCACAUCUCUUUUCCACUUUUCUGCACUGAGGGCACUGAUAACCAGCUCCCCAGAUCACUGCGCCUUCUGGCUUCGACAGUGUUCCAGGGGCUGAAGCUAAUUCCUCUUCAUCUCUGGCACAUUCCUGAUACCAUGUAGCCUUAUUGAUGAGACCCAUGCGGCCAGCUUGACCCGGGGCCGUUCUCUCCCAGAAUGUCCACGGGCUCAAGGAUCUCUGUCACUGUCCCUAUUUCCCUUAAAAGCUGGUCCUAGUAGAGGUCUAGACUUCUGGAAAGGAGGAAGUACUUGCUCAAGUCUGCCGUGGAGUCCAGUGGUAUAAUCUAUUUGAAUCUAGUUGUUUAUUUGGCUCUGUAAUUAGGAGCCAGGAGAAAUCUUGGUUUAGGUAAUUCAGAAUACAGAGAAUAUAUGUGAUUUCUGAAGUAGUAAUCUAAAAACUAACAUCACGAACUCCUACCAAUGUCAAGAGUAUUUACUCCUGUUGGCCUUAAUUCAUUCUAAAUUAAAAGCCAGAGGACUGUAAAAGCACACAUUUCUAAAUUCAUAAAUAGAGGAAAGACACUGAGGGACCCAUAUAAUUAGGUUUUUUCACACAGAAUUAGCCAAAGCCUAUUUAGUAUUUCAGAAUCCUUAUCUAUCUCAAAUAUGCUUCUUUGGUCAAAAUACAAGAUACUGAAAGAAAUCCCAAGUAAGGUUUUCAGUGAAUGGUUUGUGAUAACUCAAUUUGUCUAACAUUACCAAAGGAAGCACUUUCACAAGUAAUCUUCCCAACUGAUUGAAGUUAUGAAGUUAAUAUACUCAAGCUGGGAGUAUAUUUCCCACAUUUCCUAAUAAUAAAAAAAAUUCCCUUUCACUAUAAACAGUGUUAAUUAAAAGAAGUCAAAGGCCAGGGGUACAGAUUUCCAUACACAGCCAAAUCUUGUUUGGGUUAAAUGAAUCAAACGGAAUAGGUCUGGGAAAAUUUUAAAGGUGUUAAAAUAACUGUAUUUGUUUUAGAAACAAAGUGUAGGGCUUUUAUUAGAGUUCAGAGUUAUGAUAUCAAUAAUCUUCAGGGCCAAAAAUCAUUUCCUUCCAUUUUAGUAUUCUAAACUUAAAACUGACAUUUCAUUACUCUUAAUUCUGUCACGCAGUUCUAUGUU